CUAUUCAUGUCUUCUGCAUUCGAGUCGUUUGUUACUGUUCACCAGUAUCAAUUAUCUACUAUCCCUGAAGAGUUAUGGCAACCUUUGUUUAUGAAACUCGGUGAGGACUACCUCGACGCCGGUAACUUUGUUGAACUUCACCAUGGAGAUCCUAUGGAAGGCUAUUCGCUUCACGUUAAAGCCGACCAGACACUUAAGAAACAUAGUGAUAUCUUCUUGGUAGACCAUGCUUGGACCACUUCACCCGAAACAGCCAAACAAGAACUUGCUCAAAACCUUGCUCUUUUAGAACGACUUGAGAAUCUAAUGGAUAUCGAUGUAGAAGAAGCACCUGAACACUCAGACGAUGAAGAAGAAGAGGAUCGAAUGAAACCCUCAGAGGAAUUGAUUCAAUUGGUUGCUUCACAAGCUAAUGCAUCUCGAAUGGAAGCAGAAAAGGCAUUGAUAGCUGAAAAUAACGAAGUGGUCAAUGCCAUCAUGCGAUUGACCAUUGACCCUGAAGCAAAAGCAGAAGCAGAUCGCCUCCACGAUCAAGUCAUGGGCCAAGUCUUGGCUAGUGGUAAGCCACAAGAGAAAGAAGACAAGGAGAAUCAAGAAAGAUUGGCUCGUCGUGAACAACGUGAAAAGGAAUGGAUCAAGACCCGUAUUCAAGCUGUUUAUGAUGCAAUGUGGUCUUAUAUCCAGACUUACACUUAUUCCAUUUUGCAGCAAGAUGGACAACCUGUUUCUCAGACUGCUUGGUAUGUAAAUGAUGAAGUAGGAUCUGCUAUUUCUCAUUCAGACGAACCCAAUGUUGUCUGUGUUCCUUUUAUUUUCUCAAGAGGUGCCAGCGGUAUGAUUCCUUACAGUGUCCUCUUCCCUAUCAAGGAUAUUGAGGCAGGUGAGAUCUUGACAGCGGAUUUCUGUCCCAAGAGUCUGGAGCGUGAGUCUGACAAGGCUGCAUAUUUAUUGGCAUUUGAGAAGCGAGUGGUCAAGGAAAUUAACAAGGAAGCAUUGGUUCAAACGUACAAGGCACAUCAAGCCAAACUUGAGCAACAAACAUGGCAACCCGAGUCUUUGUUGACACAAGAACAAGUCAAAGACGUCUUGUUGAAACAAAAGAAAGCAACAAGUCCAGUGACUGUGUAUACAGACACAACAUUUGUGAAGCAAUUCCUCAAGCUUAAUCAUGUUACAUUGACGGAAGACCGUACAAAAGCAGACAUUAUCUGGACAAGCCAAGAUUUCUCAGACUGGGAUGCUCUUCAACCUGGUCAAAUUGUUAACCAGUUACCUAAUGAAAAAUGCCUUACGUUUAAGCAUCAUUUGGCUGAAUUGAUCCAGAGUACGUUUGGUGCUCCUGAUUGGUAUUUGCCUACGUACAAUGUCAUGACACAACUUUCUGAGCUUGCUGGUCAUUAUCUGGACAACACUGAGCUUUGGAUCACAAAGCCUUGGAACAUGGCUCGUGGACUUGGUCUUCACAUCACUCGCCAUCUUGCUCAACUUGUGCGUCAACAUGAUAGUCCUAUUCCUCAAAUUGCACAACCUUAUUUGACUACACCUUGUCUCUACAAUGGCAAGAAGUUUGAUCUUCGUUAUAUUGUCCUUGUCAGACAGACAGAGCCUUUAGUUGCUUGUGUCUACAACAUGUUUUGGACUCGUUUAGCCAACAAAAAGUUCAAUCUUGACCAUCUGGAUGACUAUGAAUCCCAGUUUACAGUCAUGAAUUACUCCAAUUAUGAAAUGACACAGUUGGAUCACAAGAGUUUUAUCUACAACAUAGAAAAGCAAUAUCAAAUCCAAUGGGAACCUAUUCAACAAGAGAUUCAUGCUGCUAUUAAGAGUAAAGUAGAGCUUGAUUAUUGAUCUAUACUUAUGAUAAUUAGAUGUCUUGCUGGCUGCUUCAAAUACAAACCAACCUUUAGGACUCAAUGGGAGCAAAGUAAAUGCUUUUAGUGUCUAUGGGUUUGAUAUCAUGUUGACAAGUGACUUUAAGCCUAUUGUGAUUGAAGCCAACUUUUCUCCUGAUUGCACUCGAGCAUGUCAAGUAAGUCAUCUAGGAAACCAUACCCUAAUCAAACUAAUAUGUUCUAGUAUGAUCCUGAGUUUGUCAACAAUAUAUUCUCUGUCAUUGAUGGUCGUUUUGACGUAGAAAAAGGCUUAAAGGCAUUUACCGUAUUAUAACAAUAA